CCAGCAACUUUGACCUCCUGAGCCACAGGCAGCGCUGGUGCCAGGAGGCGCUAAGCACGCAGCCAAGUCGUGCUAGCUGUGCCUUGCCUGUUCCCGCUUCAGGAUGACUUUUGUUCGUUUGCAGAGCAUGGACCUGGCGUGCCUCUGGCUGGGGCUGUUGCUGCCGGUGGUGGCUGCUCUGGACUACACCUACCACCACCAGGAAGCGAUGGAAGCAUUUCUGAAGCGUGUUGCCCAAAACUACAGUUCCAUCACUCACUUGCACAGUAUCGGGAAAUCCGUGAGAGGUAGAAAUCUGUGGGUUCUUGUCGUGGGCCGUUUCCCCAAGGAGCACAAAAUUGGAAUUCCAGACUUCAAAUAUGUGGCCAACAUGCAUGGAGACGAGACUGUGGGGCGGGAGCUGCUGCUCCAUCUGAUUGACUAUCUCGUCACCAACCACGGGAAGGACCCUGAAAUCACCAACCUCAUCAACAACACCCGGAUACACAUCAUGCCUUCUAUGAACCCAGAUGGAUUUGAAGCUGUCAAGAAUCCCGACUGCUAUUACAGCAACGGAAGGGAAAACUAUAACCAGUAUGACCUAAACAGAAAUUUCCCCGAUGCUUUUGAAUACAAUAACGUGACCAGGCAGCCCGAAACCUUGGCUGUCAUGAAGUGGCUGAAAACGGAGACAUUUGUCCUCUCAGCGAACCUCCAUGGUGGUGCCCUUGUGGCCAGUUACCCGUUUGAUAACGGCGUUCAAGCAACUGGAGCAUUGCUCUCCCGAAGCUUAACACCUGAUGAUGAUGUUUUUCAAUAUCUUGCAAAUACUUAUGCCUCAAUGAACCCUAACAUGAAGAAAGGAGACCAGUGUGAGAACAAAGUGAACUUUCCUAAUGGAGUCACCAAUGGAUAUUUUUGGUAUCCACUCCAAGGCGGAAUGCAAGAUUACAACUAUGUCUGGGCCCAGUGCUUUGAAAUCACGCUGGAGCUGUCAUGCUGUAAAUACCCUGCUGAGGACAGACUGCCCUUCUUCUGGAAUGACAACAAAGCCUCCUUGAUUGAGUACAUGAAGCAGGUGCACCUAGGUAUAAAAGGUCAAGUUUUUGAUUAUGAUGGAAAUCCAUUACCCAAUGUAAUUGUAGAAGUCCAAGAUCGAAAACAUGUCUGCCCAUAUAGAACCAACAAAUUUGGAGAAUAUUAUCUACUUCUCUUGCCUGGGUCUUAUACAAUAAACGUUACAGUCCCUGGGCAUGAGCCACACCUCACAAAGGUGGUUAUUCCAGAGAAAACCCGUAACUUCAGUGCACUUAAGAAGGAUUUUCAACUUCCAUUCCGAGGGCAACUGGAUUCCAUCCAAGCAGCAAAUCCUUCAUGCCCAAUGAUUCCUCUUUACAAAAAUUUGCCAAGCCACUCAGCUGCAACAAAGCCUAGUUUGUUCCUCUUUUUAGUGACUCUUGUGCACAUAUUUUUCAAAUAAAGUAAAAUGUGAAACUCAAUCCCCAUCACCACCUGGAAUCAGGGAUCACCCACUCCAGGUUACUGCAACUCUAACUCCCUCUAGUGGGACCUCAACUGGAUCAACUCCAGUCUUCCCAAAAAAGAGAAGUGGAUAUUUCCAAAUCAUGCAAUAAGCAAUAUAUAUUAAUAAUGAAGGGAAUGACUCAGUCUCAAUAAUGAAUGAACGAUGCCAGCCUAUCAAGUAUUGCUUAUUGAUCUUUAACUUCUACAAAUUUCUAAGACUCAAAUUUGAGACACAAAAAUAACAUUCCUGCAAUGGAAAAGACAACUAAAGGAGCCAAAUUUGCAAACAAAGAGAAUAUAAGCAACAAAAAUAAACAUUGAUCAGUUACCUAUCAAAUGCAAAACCUUGCCAUGAGUGCCAUAUACGAAUGUCAUUGGUUCUCAGCCAAGGGAGAAAUGAUCAUAGGAUUGGGAAUAUCUAGUUUUACAAAUGUUCUAAGAAACAGUGUGAGAAAACAGAGAACCAUGUGUCCAAGGCCCGGGAAAAGGUGUCUGCAAUGGGAUGACAAGUCUGCACAGAGUCUCCAAGCAACAGGUCAGUUAAGUAGCACUUUACCCACCAGAGCUAGAGUCCUCACCUUCCUGAAUCUGGACAUGGCAGUUAGGAUGAUGACCCCGAACAUCCAGCUCAGCCCUAAGCUUCAGACUCACAUCCAACUGCCCACUGGACAUAACCGCCUGGAAAUAACCCAUAGGUGCCUCACAUUCAUCAUGCCGAACACUUAGCAUGAUCUUUGCCUCUACAACUUCUCUUCCUGCUAUACAAGAAAGUUCACUGAAACAAUUUUUGGUGCCAAAAAAAAAUCUAUGUAUAGUGUCAGCAUGCUAGGUGUUUUCCCUGAGCUGCUUUAAGAUCCUUUCUGUUCUCCAUCUCCGUUACUGGUACCACUGCACUGGAAAUCUUGGAGGAGUCUGCAAAGCAACUGUUUUCUUCCCCUAUAGUCCAUCAAUCAGUAAAGACUGGUAUGAAUUAGAAAUAUUAACUCUACCUUCUGUUGCAAAAUGUAGGCCUCUCAUCUCACCUGUACCACCGCAAUAGCUGUAUUGGUCUCAUGGUCCUAGCUUUCUCGAGCCCAUCCUCCACAGCACCGGGAAAGAGGGCUGCAGAGAACAACAGUCAACUGCUCACAGUCCCUGAAUGCACCACAUGUUACUUGGUCCCUGGCGCUGCAAGGCCAUCCUGCUCACUGCAUUUUAUUCUCCCUUCUUCCACUAACACUUGGAGGUUUCAAUCCUAUUAGUAAGCUUUUGUGAACAGUCCUCCCAGCCAGGCAUGCUGGAAUAGGGCCGUUCCUUUUUGGCCCGACAAAUAAACUGGUUAUGUUA